GGCAACGGGAAAAGCUCCGACACGGUUGACGUUUGCGUUUGACAGUUUCGCGUAAAGUUCCGACACACGUGUAGUGAUGGCCCGUUCGCCCAGUACGUCAUGGUAAACGUAAACAAACAACCACACGAAGGCCAAUUUCAUUACGUGUGGCGGUCCUAAUUUGGUUAAAAUGAACAAUAAUCGGCCGGUUUCCGUUUGGGCUGCGCUAUCCCAUUCGAAUGCGAACUUUUAAUGUGCUUUGUGAAUGGAAAAAUGAUUAGUUCCUAUUAACGCGUGGCAGCUACUUCGGAUGGAUAAUCUUCGCCGGCAGUAUCCAUUCACAAAAGGGAAUCAUUCUGGCAUUGUAUAGUGUAGUUUGUUAGCAGCAUCGUACCUAGCAAGGUUGUAUCGUAUACAUAUCAGUAAUCAUGAAUCAAGAAAUUCGGUUCCGACUUAAACACGUGAUUAUCGGUGCGUUCGUCAUCGGGUUCCUAUUUGUCUACACGCUAAGCUCAACUCGGGACUGUGAAAGUGAAGAGUCAAGGUCAAACGGUGUCGAUAAAUCAUGGGCCUUGGGUCAAGGACGCGAUGCCUUUCUGCCUAACCGAAAUGGUCCCACGAUCUAUGCGGUGACACCGACCUACUCUCGACCGGUGCAGAAGGCCGAACUAACACGUCUCUCGCAUGUCAUUCGCUUGGUGCCAAACAUAUUCUGGGUUAUAGUGGAAGAUGCAUCACAAACGUCGACACUGGUCACCAAUGUGAUAAGGCGGAGUGGUCUCCAAGAUCGAAGCGUGCAACUAUUUGCCAAAACACCUACAAAUUUUAAGCUGCAAGGCAAAGAUCCAAACUGGCUAAAGCCGCGUGGCGUCGAGCAGCGCAAUGAAGCGUUAAAGUGGAUACGGAAACAUUUGAAGCACGAUGCCAUGGGAAAUGGGGACACCGAGCAAAGGCAUUCGAUCGUAUACUUUAUGGAUGACGAUAAUACUUACAGCACGGAACUAUUUGAUGAAAUUUUCAAAAUUGAAAGGGGCAAGGUUGGCGUAUGGCCCGUUGGUUUGGUGGGUGGUUUGAUGGUGGAAAAGCCAGUGCUAAACAGAGACGGACUGGUACUGGGAUUUAACAGUGCCUGGAAACCGGAACGUCCGUUCCCGCUCGAUAUGGCAGGCUUCGCCAUUAGCUCCGACCUACUGUUGGACAAUCCGCAAGCACAGUUUAGCUACGAAGUCGAACGAGGCUAUCAGGAGAGUGAAAUAUUGCGCCACCUAACGAUCGCUCACGACAUGCAACCGCUGGCCAACCAGUGCAAGGAUGUGCUUGUGUGGCACACACGAACCGAAACUCCGAAGCUGGACGCGGAAAAGACGCUGCAAAAGGGUGGCAAAAAGUCGAACGACGGUAUGGAAGUGUGAGGCACACGGUAAGACGGUAAGCAUUUUAUUGCCCAAUGGCAAACUCUAACGGUGAUGGUACUCGGGUAUGCUAAGUUAGGAAAAUAUUAGUCUUUAAUGGCAAGAAUGUCAAAACCAGUGGACCACAAUUAUCAUGUUUUGAUGGUGCAGCGCAGCUACACAUGAUCCAUUAUCAUCUAAUUUAUAUCAUUCAUUGAGAUUUUAAGCAUUACGAUAUACUGUUUGGCCAAAGGCGCAGAGGACAGUGAAAAUUAUCGGUAGCUUGUAUAGAAUGCUAGUGAAAUAAGCACCACAAAUGGAGCACCACAUUUUAUAAUA